UGGUUUGUGUUUGUAGUAGUUUUAUUUUUUUUAUUUUCACGAAAAGUUUCUAUGUGAUGCCAUUUUUCUCUUGUACUAAACUCUGUUGACACGAGACAAUAUAUUCUCUUCCUCUCCUAGCCUUCCUCUGUAUGCAAAGACACUUUGAUUUUUUCUCAUUCUUACUUCUCUGUCCUUCCCUUUGAGCCCGUGAAUUCACCCUUGCACAGCCAUAUGAAAGUUUAACUCUUUUGAACCAGUAAAGGUUGGUAAUAGAUGUGAAUCAAAGCUUAACACGAAAACCCAUUUGCCCAGGCUUGGUUCUCUCACGUGGGUUCUUGACAUUGAAGCUCUUCCAUGGAGAUGGAAUCAGCUCAGCCGGAUCAUGUUGGUGAUUGCAUCAAAGAGACAUCUAUUAAGCAUUUAUUUUAUCCAGGCACUCCUGAUAUAAGCAAUGUGUUUGGAGAACAGCAAGCGAGUCCCCGAGUUGGUAAUGAGUACCAGGUGGAAAUUCCUCUCAUGAAUGUAGAAGCUGAGAAGCUUAAGCUUUUGACUAAUCCUGCUGAUUCAAAAGUUGUUGAUGUUUCCCAUGACUUUCUAGUCGGUUUACCUGUCCCAAUUAUAUGGUCUGAUGAAGUUAAGAACAUUGAAGACAAGGGGCUGGAAUCUCCAACUAACCCUGAUGAUGCAGUUAAUGCAAAGAGGUCCCAGGAAACUAGAAACAGCAAAAAGAAUCGUACUAGAAUAAAGAAGAAAAGUUCAGAACUCAAAGUUGAACCCUUGGAAUUUGGGUUGGUUCAGGGAGAAGAAUCAAGAGCAGAAAAUCUAGGACCAAGGUUGGUUGAAGAGGAUUCGAAUCAGUCGAUUAGAAGCAAAUGCUGUUAUCCAGUUCCUGGUUCAUCAAGAAGCCCUUGGAGUGAUGCUGAAGUGGAUGGUUUUCUUCUGGGCUUAUACAUUUUUGGGAAGAAUUUUUAUCAGGUGCAGAGAUUCAUGGAGCACAAAGACAUGGGAGAAAUACUGUCAUUUUAUUAUGGGAAGUUUUAUAGGUCUGAAUCACACCGCAGAUGGUCAGAGUGUCGGAAAAUUAGAAGAAAGAAAUGUAUUACCGGAGAGAAAAUUUUUACAGGGUGGAGGCAACGAGAAUUGUUAUCUCGUUUGGUUCCUCAUGUCCCAGAGGAAUUUCAAAAGGCUUUAUCAGAGGGCUAUAAGUCAUUUGCAGAGGGAAAAACUUCACUUGAAGAAUAUGUCUCCCUUUUAAAGUCUACUGUUGGCAUUCAUGUACUUGUGGAAACUAUAGGAAUUGGGAAAGGUAAAGAAGAUCUCACAGGCUUUGCCAUGGAACCUGUAAAGAACAAUCAAGAUUUUCCAAUUUGUCCAAAAUUACCAACUGGCAAAGCUUUUAGUUCUCUUACAUUCAGUGAAAUAAUGAAGUGCUUGACUGGAGGCUUUCGGUUGAGCAAAGCUCGAUGUAACGAUAUUUUUUGGGAGGCUGUUUGGCCCCGUUUGCUAGCAAAUGGAUGGCACUCUGAGCAACCUAAGAAUCACGGUUAUGUCAGUUUCAAACAUUCUCUGGUUUUUCUUAUGCCUGGCAUAAAGAAGUUCUCAAGAAAAAAAUUGAUAAAGGGAGAGCACUAUUUUGAUUCUGUUAGUGAUGUUCUGAGCAAAGUGGCAUCUGAACCUGAACUUCUUCGGCUUGAAGCUGAAGAAGGUCCUGUUGGGAGCUGGAAUGAAGAAGGUGGGUGGGUUCCAGAGGCGACAUCAGACCAGGAUGAUCAAUCUAAUUAUCGACGGCAUUGCUACCUCAAACCCAGGGUUGCUACUAGCAAUCCAAACCAUAUGAAGUUUACUGUUGUCGAUACCAGUUUGGUCCAUGGAGGCAAAUCAUGCGGUAUAGUGCAACUGAGAUACUCACCAGUUGAAUUCGAAAUUAAUUCAACACAAACCAAUUGCUCAAGUGAAAAUGAAGUGGACGCUUGUGAGAACAAACUGAAUGAGUAUGAGAAUGAUACUGCUGAAAUGCGAUUGAGCCCUAAAACCAAUAUGGCCAAGCACUUGAAUCAGAGGAGGUUCACAGUCGUUGACACCAGUCUAGUCCAUGGUGGAAAAUCAUCAAAAGUGAGAGAACUGAGAUGCUCACCAGCUGUAAUUACAAGUGUUUCUAAGUCGACUGGUCUUUUGCGAGAAGCUGAAGGAAACUCGUCUAAGGAUGUACUGGGCAAGCAUAUGCCUGAUGCUACUGAUAUUUCGUUGAAUGAUGAAGUGAAUAACUUAAGCUCCAACUGCCGUACUGAUACAACUGUUAUUGGUGGUACAAACCAAUUGGCAACCAUAAAUAACACAGAUACUGCAGAAAAACUGGAGAGCCAACUGGAUAAGGAAACUAGGAUGUCUGAUAACAAGCAGCCAAAGAAGACUGCAUUGCAUCAAUUCAAGCGGAGAGCGAAAUAUAGCCAUUCAAAUUCUAUAGGUCCUCUCAAACGGCGAAGAUUAACUGCUUGUGUUAAGGCAGAGACAAGUUGCCUUAUUAAAAAUUGCUCAGAAGAUUUGGAGUCAGAAUCCCAUGGCACAUUGAAUUCACUAGAUGGAGUUGAGCUUGUUGUUUCUCUAGUGGGUCCUCAACAAAAAGAAUCAUCAAUUACUUCUCUGGCUCCAAUGAAGGAAAGCAGUUUGGGAACUCUCAGAGGGAAUUCUUCUGGUGUGCGCAUGUCUCAUGGGGAAAAUGAGAAACAUCAAACCCCGGAAUCAUCUAACCUGAACCUACCUCAGGAUUCGAUGGACAGUAGAAACAGUGAAAACUUUGUUGUGGUCAGCCAGGAAACAAAUGCAGACAGUCCAUGCCUUUCAUCUAGUGGAAUGAAGCAUGUCGAUGAUGACACCUUGGGUGCCUCUAACAUGAAUUCUAGGAGGCAAAGCACAAGAAACCGACCACCAACCACCAGAGCAUUGGAAGCUCUUGCAGACGGUUUCUUCAGUGUUAAAAGGAGAAAAAAAGGGACAGAAGUCCCCAUAAGGGAAAAGCCACCCUCAAGACCUUCCCGCAAGGUCCGCAGCGGAGUCAAAGUAACUUCAAGUCAUGCUGAUACUGUUAGUGGAGUUGUGGCUUCAAAGGAAGAAAAAGAGGUGAAUGAAGCUUUUAAUGUUAACAAAGAGACGGUUAGCAAACCUCUUGAUCAAAUUGGAGAAAAGUGGCUCACUAGCUACUAAGAAUGUUUAAAAGACUCUUGUCAACUGGUAGUUCUGGAUUUUUGAAGAAUUAAUCCAAGGAUAAGUUAUUAAAGUAGGGGAAUUUGACAGCACUUUUGAUGGCUAUGUAUGACUGUUUCAAUGGGUCACUUGAUAUUCAAGUUUCUUA